CAUGCCCACCCCGCCGCCCUUCCCUGCUGUCCCCGCAGUGUCAUUCGUGCUGUCGAGGAUGUCGGGGUGCGGGGGCCCCGCCAAGAGCCGGGUGACGGUUCCCAAGCGCGUGUGGGAGUUCGUGACGCGGGAGCGCGCGGCGCGGCUGGCGCUGCUGGCGCAGGAGGCGCGGGUGCGGAUCCUGGUGGACGGCGAGACCCCCGAGCUGUACGUGCUGCAGCUCUGCGCCGCACCCCCGGGUCCCCCCGGCGGCGGGGGGCUCUGCCCGGCCCGCAAAGCGCUCAAAGCGCUGCUCAAGGAGACCGAGAAGGAGCUCAAGAAGCGCGGCCAGCGGCACCCGGGGGAGGUGCUGGGGGCGCGGCCGGAGCAGCAGCAGCAGCAGCAGCAGCAGCAGCAGCAGCCGGCGGGCGCGGCGGGAGCUCCGGGGGACGAGGAACCGGAGCGGCAGUGCCCGAUCUGCCUGGGCGAGAUGCGGGGCCCGCGCACGCUGGAGCGCUGCCGCCACUCGUUCUGCGGGGAGUGCAUCGCCCGGGCGCUGCAGGUGCGCUCCGCCUGCCCCGUCUGCGGCCGCUUCUACGGGCAGCUGGUGGGCAACCAGCCCCCCGACGGGCGCAUGCUGGUGACCCGCGACGCCGCGCUGCCCCUGCCCGGCUACGAGGCCUUCGGCACCAUCAUCAUCCAGUACGUCUUCCCGCCCGGCGUGCAGGGGGUGGAGCACCCCAACCUGGGGGUGCG